AUGAAUAGAGAUAAACCUCAAUUUCAAUCGUCCUUGGUUACGUUUAUUAUCCAUCGGAGAAUCAAAAAUGAAACGGUGAUUGGUAAUCUUUCAGCAACUGACCAAUCGGUUGAAGAAUACAACCGCAGGCUGACUUACUCUAUACGGAAGCAAGAUGAGCCGAAAGUGUUUGAAGUCAGCAAAGAUGGAGUGCUGCGAGUAAUUGGUAAGAUCCCAACGCAUGCUAAUGUAUUGAACUUUACCGUCUCGGCCUCAGAUAACGGUUACCCUACCAAGAAAGCCUUGCAGUCUGUCAGCGUGAAGAUUUCAAACAUACCAGCGUUAACGAAAUUUUGCACAGUGAAAGAUGGCUUCGAGUGGCAAAUUUGUUGGAAAUAUGAGCCGCCUUCCUCACAGCGCUAUUUCUACCACAUUGAAAUCCGCUCUGGUAUGUACACACACAACAAUUCUGUGGUUGGGGGUACGGAACAUUGCUACAGUGCCGCACUGCUCGAUGGCCCGGACAGUAAAUACUUCUAUCGAGUUCAAACAAGACUUGGUAAUAACAGAAGCCCAUUUAGCGAAUGGAAAGAGGCUGUUGACAAGGGUCCGGAUUGCGAAUUAUUUGACCCCUGUCAGGUCUUCAAACCCUGCAGCAAUGGGGGGUCGUGCAUCGUUAUACCUAAUUCCAGUUCUCAUCUACAAGAUCGUUACACCUGCAUCUGUCCCCACGGCUGGCAAGGGACUAACUGCCGAACCAGUGAUGGGUGCGUGCAUACAACUUGCUUAAACCAAGGAACAUGCAUUAUGGUGUCUCCCAAUAAAACCAAGUGCAAGUGUCUCGAAGGAUUUUUGGGUGAGUUAUGUGAAUUUGUCAAUCAUUGCUCUCAGAAUCCAUGUUUCCAUGGCGGUACGUGCCAGAUGCUAGCUAACGCAUCGUACGAAUGUCACUGUCCGCCAUUUUACGUGGGAUCGAAAUGCGAAACGCUUAGUCCCUGCAACACGUCCAACUGUAAUAACGGGGAGUGUAUUACUGUCGAUGAGAAAAACUUCUACUGCAAAUGCGAAAAAGGCUACACAGGCCCUUUUUGCAAACUCUACAACCCAUGUAAAUUGUUCAACCCCUGUGAAAACAACGGCACUUGUGAGCCGAGUAGCGAAACACCGGCCAAAUACGUCUGCAAAUGUAGAGAAAAUUACAUCGGGGCAAACUGUUCCCAGCUAGAUCCUUGUAAAUUUAUCCACUGUGAAAAUGGCGGCACUUGUUCUAUAAGUGGAAAACCUGGUCAGCACUGCAAGUGUCUUCCAGGUUUUAUUGGUGGUGAAUGCCAGCGGGAGGAUAAAUGUUAUCGUCAACAACCGUGUAAAAACGGGGCCACUUGCAUCAUGAACCUUAAUGACACUUUUGUUUGCCAUUGCACCAACGGAUUUACAGGCGACCAUUGCGAACUUAUUGAUCCAUGUGCUUACGGAUCGUGCAGUCCCAACACGUCCCGCGGUUGCAUUCGACUAUCGGACACUAAAUACCGAUGCAGCUGCACAGAAGGCUACACAGGUGACUUCUGCGAAACUGCCAUCUCCAGUUGUCGCGAAAACCCCUGCAGAAACAAUGGCUCAUGUAUUUUCUACAUGUUUGAACGGAGGCAACUGCAGCAACGGCGCGCGACCAAAUGA